AGAAGCAGUUGCUGAUGCUCCAGAGGUCUACGAAGAAUAAUCGUGUUUUUGCUGGAAUGGUUCGUUCAAAAGGUCGGAGUUACGACACCAUCACAAGACGAGAAGGAAUGCUCAGCAGCAGCUCCAGAAGGCAUUGUGGCGAUACGCCUUUGAAGUCAGGUUUCACAAGAGGCAAACUAAAGCGACUCUUCCCUAAACCCCUCUGCGCACGGCCAAAAGGCCAUGUUCUGUCACCUAUAAAUGAGUCAACAUGCACUGAUCACAGAUCUCUCUUGUCAACUGCUCCCUGGAUGAACAGAAUGCUGGAAUCAAAUGGAACUGAGAGCACAAUACAUUAUAGCACAGAAGACGGUUCAAUUUCACAAGUGGGUGUUUCCUCCCUCCUGUUGGAUUGUGAUGAGACUGACUCUGCUGACAUCUCCAGCGAUACUAGCUCCAGCAGUCUGCCCUCACCUGAGCAGUUCCGCAGAGAGGAAGUCUAUGAAGAGAUAGUGGCCUUCCCCAGUGAGGAGAUGUUGGACCUGAAUGUAAAGAACUCCACUCUCCUAGAUGUCAGCCAUGCUGAGGACAUCCACAUGCAGCAGCCCCCUAACCUGUCCUCCAUCAUUGGUAAGAGAUACAGCACAAUGCUGGACAUACAGGAUGUUACCCCAAAUGGCACCGUAUUGACUUUAUAGACUACUGUUUUGACCCGCGCACCUAGAGCACCACUUUUGACCAAAGACCUAUCUUGGGAAAAUGGUGCCAUUUGGGACAUAACCCAAGUUUUUGUCUUUUUAAUUAUUUUAAUUUUAAGGACCCUGAAACCUUGUCAACCUUGGAGAGGUUUAGUAUUCCAUGCUUCCUUAUCUGAGCAAAAUGUUGUUAUUUUUUUUCUUUGCAGACAUUUCCCAAAUGAAUGAUGGAAAAGAUCAGGAAAAAAGGUCAAUUUGAUUGAAUGGCUUGACUCUUUGUAUAAGAUGUGAAAUUGACUUUUUCAUAGAAUGAAUAGUCAUUUAUAUUCUAACAAAGAACCUUUAUUUGUUCACAGCCGUUUAGCGCGACCCAUUAAAAGUACAUAUUCAGAGUAUAUUCGCCAAUGUUGGUGGGUGUUCGACAGAUACAUUUGAAGAUGAGGGUAAUGUUUGGUAAGCACAAUUUCUACAUAGGAUGAAGUCUUCCACAUGUUAGUAAAAUGGUUGGUUCCUAGGCCAAAAAUGUCUUGCAGGCAUGUCAUUUUGGGGUAUAUUCAGAGGUGGAAACUUUCUGUGGGAAUAAUGGAAAUAUAAGAAUAUUAAUACCAUUUUAAAUGUAGAUGUUUUUUGCAUUGGAUAUAUUUACCAUAUCAUAUGGAGACAGAAACAAACCUUUUACCUUAUCAAAAGUAGACAUAAUUGCAAAUGAUUAAAUCCUUCCAAUAGAACCCCCCCCCCCCCCCCCCCCCCCGUUUUAGUUAUGAAUUGAACUUUAAUUAAAUAAGUUGACUCUUCACAUGGGAUGAUUUCACUGAACAACAAAAGGGAAUAUUGAAUGAUCCAUCGCAGCUCCCAAAAAACGUUUUCAACACAUCUGUAAAAUGAGUCUAGAAACUAAAGCUUUGGUUGUCUUCCUCUCAGGCUUCCAUGUCUUCUCGCUGGUCCUCCUCAAUGUCCACCUCUUGAACAUCAGACUUUGAGACCUCAUCUUCACUUUCACUUUCCAACCUUGUUGACGAUGGCUCGUUGUCAGGCUCAAAUUUGCCCGGGUGGACAACAAUUUUUCAACCCUUGUAUUGGUCAGCCUGUUGCGUACUUUAGUGUGUGUGUGUUCCCAAACAAGGACCAGUUGCGCUCUGAGACGGCUGAUGUUUGUGGGAUUUGGAGGAUGAUGGAGGCAACUGGGUAGAGAUCCUGAGAUCCACAAAGUCACUUCCACCAGGUGGUUGAUGAGAUAUGUUGGCACGACUGUCAUAUUGCAUCUCCAUCCCAAAGCCCUUGCUUGGAAGUGUACUUUGCCAGACUGCCAAGAACCUUGUCCUCAUCCAGGCCAAGGUGGCGAGACACAGUAGUGAUGACACCAUAGGCCUUGUUGAUCUCUGCACCAGACAGGAUGCUCUUGUCAGCAUACUUGGAGACCAACAUGUACACUGUGGCGUGUAUGGGGUUCAGGCAGAAGUCAUCACGCUUUUUGAUGCAUUUCAGAACGGCAGUUUCCUCUGCUUGGAGCAACAGUGAAGUGGGCAGGGCAGUAUGGAUUUCUUCUCUUACAUCUGCAUGCAGAGUCUGUACAUCAGACAGGAUGGGAUUGUCUCCCUCAAUCCAUGCAAUAGCUACUGCUAUAGGUUUCAUCUCCCCUCCAGGAGACUGUCAAACAUGAUGACAACACCACCCCAACGGGUGUUGCUGGGCAGCUUCAAUGUGGUGCUCUUAUUCUUCUCACUUUCCUUGGUGAGGUAGAUUGCUGGUAUAACUUGAUGACCCUUCACAUACCUAACCAUUUCCUUGGCUCUCUUGUAGAGUGUAUCCAUUGUUUUCAGUGCCAUGAUGUCCUUGAGGAGCAGAUUCAAUCCAUGAGCAGCACAGCCAAUGGGUGUGAUGUGAGGGUAGGACUCCUCCACUUUAGACCAAGCAUCCUUCAUGUUCUCAUCAUUGUCUGUCACCAGUGCAAAUACCAUCUGUGGUCCAAGGUCAUUGAUGACUGCCUUCAGCUCAUCUGCAAUGUAGAGACUGGUGUGUCUGUUGUCCAUUGUCUGUGCUCUUAUAGAAUACUGGUUGAGGGGUGGAGAUGUAGUUAAUAUUAUUCUGGGCAAAGUACAUUCAGAAAUCUCUUCCAAUACACAUUGCCUGUCAGCAUCAGAGGUGAACCAGUUGCAUACACGGCUCAAGCAAGACAUUCAUCAGCAUUUCUCUGACUCUGUUCCUCCAUUGUGUCCAAAAAAACUUCUGAUUCCAGGAGGACCAUGAGCUGUUGCUAUCGAUAAGGUGUCUGAUUCAUCAUUUUCACCUCAAAUGGAAGAGGGACUUUUGUCAGAGGUUGCUUGUUGUGAGAGCUGAGGGAACUUUAUGCACUUGGUUAGAUUAUUCUGCAUCUUUGUUGCAUUCUUCACAUACGAUUUGGCACAGUAUUUGCAAAUGUACACAGCUUUUCCUUCUACAUUAGCCGCAGUGAAAUGUCUUCACACAUCAGAUUGUGCCUGUGGCAUUUUGCUGUAAAGAUUAGAAAAAAUGUGUAAAAGAAAAACAAAUACAAUUCCAUGUACAGAUAAAUAGUUAAGCAGUUAGAUUAAACAACUCCUUUGUAAUAUAUUUUUUAAAUGCAACGUAUGGAAAUAGGUGAAUUAACACUCCUCAGUUAGCAGGCUCAAGCAAGCUAAAAACCCACAUGGUAGCAAAAACUAACAAGCAGAAAUUGUUAACAAGUUAGAAAUUAUUUAAACACUGUAGGCUAUUUACUAGUUAACAAAAAAAUCAUGUAAUAUAAAAUAUAUUCACCCCAGCCAGUAUUGUAAUUAAAACCAGAAAGCAUGUAGUUCUUGGCUCAGACAGUGUGGUAGUGUGAGCUCAAUAGCAUCUCAUUAGUGUGCAAGAUCUUGAGAAUCAGCUGUACAUGUGAUGGAAGAGUGCACUGUGAAUGCAGAGGGUUGCAAUUAUAUUGAAUUGGGGAUAGUUUAGCCAAAACAUGCCACAAGAUGUAGAAUUGCCUUGUGUAUCCCACUAAAAAGGUUAACUUGUUAUUAGCUAACUUUUUUUGAAGAAUUUAAGCAAAAUUCCCAGGCUUAACUUCCCAUGGGAAAUUUCUGACAGCCCUUUGGAGACCUAGUCAUUACCCAUGCCUCUCCUCUCGAGACCUUUCAUUGCAUCCUCAAGUAUUUCCAUAAGUAGGGCCAGGAGUUUUUCCUGACCAAUGUGACCGGACCUGGGGUGUAUUCAUUUAGCUAAUUCUGUGACAAAACCUUUCUUAAAUGGAAGCAAACUGAACAAAACGGGGAGGGACCUACUUGAAUAGAAACUCUCACUUUGCUCCUGUGUGGUAUGGUGGGACCAGUACAGAAAAGAGUAUGAACAUUUAUUCACUCACUACUGUAAGUCGCUCUGGAUAAGAGUGUCUGUUAAAUGACUAAAAUGUUAAUGUAAAAUGCUCUGUUUGCUUCCGUUUUCAAACAGUAUACAGUUGCUGUAGGUAAUCCGCCCCAGGAAAAGCUCUAGUUAUUAGCUGUAAAUCGGGCUCAAGUUUUUUCCUACUCGGGAGAAAUCCCUGCUGCCCUAUCCAUGAAAUAUUAUACGGUUUUGUUUUUAUGAUUUAUAGUAAUUGUUGAGUAUGAUUGAUCUGCUGUUUUUUUCAUUUUCCAUUGUUAUUGAAUAUUGUGCUUUAUUCACUCUGCAGUUCAAAGAUAUAAGUACCAAGUAGUUAAAGGGCUGAACCAUUUGUGCAAAGUGUACCACUUCCAGUCCUCCAGGAAGUAAAGCUACCACAACUUCUAAAAGCUGUCAUCAAUACAGGACACUUCUGAUCCCUAAAACUUUUCACAGUCCAUGGACAGACAGGUUGUUGUGGUUAAAAAAAUAUAUUUAAAAAAUGAAAUUCUGUUGCUGUAAUAUAUAAUGUAGAUAAUGUAAUUUUAAAAAAUUUAAUUAACAUAAUAAAUUGAUAAAAUUACAGUUCUGCUGUAUUUGAGCUUAUUAUUUGACUAAACUUGUGAAAUAUAUCUCAGGCAUAGAAUUGGACUGUGAUGUAUACAAAUUAUUUAUGUUUUAGGUGUUGAAUUUACAUUUUUAUUUGGUGUCUUGUGUUCGAACUUUCAGCCAAAACAUAAACAGAGUGAUUAUUUUGACCACGUGGUGUUUGGCUAAAAAUAUCAUCCAAUCAAGUGUUUUCGAGAAGGAGCAGUGGAUCGUCGUCCAAUCAGAAAACUGUAGUGGGUUUCCAAGCAGUUCGUGUGACUAAUGCCUGUCAUAUGACUCUGCCACAAAUGGGGUUAGUUUUAAGGAACUAAGGCUGUGCUUGGAUUUGGAAGAAAGCGAGACUUUCUAAAAUGCCUCCAACUCUUUUUCAGAAACUUUUUAAUAAAAGAAAUUCAAUUUCGCCGCCCCCAAGAUGCAACAAAGAGGACCCCGCGUUCAGCUGGUCAUCCCCACAGCUGGACCCUAGCCAGAUCAGAUUGAUACUGUACCAAGACUGUGAGCGACGGGGGAGAAAUGUCCUCUUCGACUCCAGUUCCAAAAAGAGGAGCGCAGAGGAAGCCCCUGCCUCGCAGAAGAUGUGCAGUAGCGAGGCCCAGGUGAAGAUGUAUGGGAAGUGCUGCCAGCUGAGGCCUACAGGGGGCAGCUCCAACUCUCUGGACAGUUCCUGUGCUGCCGAGGCCCGGGAACCCAGGGAACAAGGGCUGCGCUUCCAGGGGUUGCGGUGUUCCUCUGAUGCCAACAUGUUGGGGGAGAUGAUGUUUGGCUCGGUGGCCAUGAGCUACAAGGGCUCCACACUCAAGAUCCACCAGAUACGGUCACCCCCUCAGCUGAUGCUGAGUAAAGUGUUUACAGCCCGGACUGGGAGUAGUGUCUAUGGCAGCCUUAACACACUGCAGGACAGCCUGGAGUUCAUGGGUCAGGACCCCAAUUCUUUGAGGCCUGAUCAGAACACUGUGACCAACGGCCUCCUGGGGAACAUAGGUUUCUCUCAGCUCUGCAGCCCGCGCCGGGCCUUCUCUGAGCAGGGCCCUCUGCGCCUCAUCAAGAGUGCCUCUUUCUUUUCAGGACAUAGUAACCCCAUGGACAUGCCGGGCAGAAGCCUGUACGACGAGAGAGACAGCGGCAUCGCCAGAUCAGCGUCUCUGAGCAGUCUGUUGAUUACUCCGUUCCCCUCCCCGGGCUCCUCCCUCACCAGCAGCCAGGCCAGUAGCUACCAGAGACGCUGGCUCCGCAGCCAGACCACCAGUCUGGAGAAUGGGGUCUUCCCAAGAUGGUCUGUGGAAGAAAGCUUCAAUAUGUCGGACGAGAGCGGAGGUCCCAGCCUGGGCGUGGCCAGGAAGAAGAAGAUAGCCAUCGGUGUCAUCUUCCUCCUCUCCCAGGACGAAGAGGAGAACAUCAAGUUCCAGGACUUCUUCUUCUCCCACUUCCCCCUCUUCGAGAGCCACAUGAACAAACUAAAAAGUGCCAUUGAACAGGCCAUGAAAAUGAGCCGGCGAUCAGUUGAUUCCAGUCAGAGGGCUCUGGCCUAUAGCCGCAUGGUGGAUGGCCUCAAUGAAUUCAGGACGACCAUCGUCAACCUUUACACCAUGCCCCGCGUGGCCGAGCCCGUUUGGCUCACCAUGAUGUCUGGAGCCCCCGAGAAGAACCAGCUCUGUGGACAUUUCAUGAGGGAGCUCGCCCUACUCAUGGAGCAGGCCUCAAAGAACCAGUUCCUCCCUGCCCUCCUCACAGCCAUUCUCACCAACCACCUGGCCUGGGUGCCCACUGUCAUGCCCAACGGACAGCCGCCUAUCAAGAUCUUCCUGGAGAAACACUCUUCUCAGAGCGUGGAUAGGCUGGCCAAGAGCCACCCCUACAACCCACUGUGGGCCCAGCUCGGUGACUUGUACGGGGCCAUCGGCUCCCCGGUGCGUCUGUCCAGGACAGUAGUGGUGGGGCGGAGACGGGAGCUAGUCCAACGACUCCUCUAUGUGCUCACCUACUUCAUCCGCUGCUCUGAGCUGCUGGAGACCCACAUGCUGGACAGCACUGAGGACGAGGCCAUCGUCAUCCCAGGCUCUCUCAUCACCACCUCGCUGCAGCGUGGGGAGGUGGAGGAGUCAGACUAUGUGCUGGUCACCGUGCAUAAGCCCAGCGGAGACUACCUCAGCCAGGGUCCCGAGCCCCAAGAGGACAGCAGCUACCCCUCACACAGCAACAACAGCUUUCAGUGCAGCACCUACACUGAGGCUGGCCCUAAGGAGGGGGACAGUAGUAACAACAGCCAGGGCUCCAAGAACAGUGUCCUGCAGGCCCAGGCCCACUCCAGCCACAACACUAACGCUGUGCCCAUCAUCCACAUGGAGGAUGUUAGUGAGCCCACGCCGCUCAAGGAGUCACCACCUGCCUUUCUGGAGGCCAAGCUGGAAACAGUGGUGCGUGUGGGCUCCGCCUCCCCCAGGGAGCAGGUCUGUGUGCUGCUGGAGACGAAGCCUGAGACCGAGUUAGAGGUCAAGGCCAGCGAGAAGGAGGGGGUGGGAAGUCUGCCCAUCAAGGUGUUCCACUCUUCUGGGAUACCACUGGAGAAGAAGCCACCUGACAAGACCGUACCUGUACCUGUACCCGGCCCCUUUCUGUCAAAACACCAGGAGGAGCCGGCCACCAAAGUGCUGUUUCUCAUCGGCGACCCCCAGUCUCCGGGAUCAGACACAGAGAGCAGGAGGAGGAAGCUUGAGGAGGACAUUAAGAAGCACAAGAAAUGCAUUAAAGAGAAACAGAGGCAGCAACCACAACUACAACAACAGCAACAAUCGCAACAACAACUACAACAGCAGCAACCGCUACCUCAACAGCAACAGCAACCGCAACCGCAGCAACCGCAACCACAGCAACCGCAGCAACCGCAGCAUCAACAACAGCAACCACAACCACAGGAAGCGCAACAGCCGCAAAUACAGGAAGCGCAACAGCCGCAAAUACAGGAAGCGCAACAGCCGCAAAUACAGGAACCGCAACUACAGGAACCGCAACAACCGCAACUACAGGAAUCGCAACAACCGCAACUACAGGAAUCGCAACAACCGCAACUACAGGAAUCGCAACAACCGCAACUACAGGAAUCGCAACAACCGCAACUACAGGAAUCGCAACAACCGCAACUACAGGAACCGCAACAACCGCAACUACAACAACAGCAACCGCAACUACAACAACAGCAACCGCAACCACUACAACAACAACAGCAGCAGAGUGGAUGCGGUGAUCAGAGGGUGAAGUCUACUACCAGCAUAUCACCCGACCAAACCAAGACCAAUGCUGGAGGAAAGAAGACUCUGAUGCGCGUCUUCAGCAAGAUACCCCAGUGGAACCCUGUCAGCGAGGAGUGCUCAGAGCUGUUCGACGAGUACUUCAGUGAUGACAGCCCUGUAGAGACCAGGACUAUAGACGAUGUGGCGAAAUGCCUGGACUUGUCAAACGGCACGGACAAAACCCAGAAAGAGCUUCUGGACCCUUCGGGAUUCCAGAGUAGCAGUUGCUGUAAGGGACAUGGGGAUCAGGGACAGAAGGGAACAAGGCAGGUGGGUGUGGGACCGGGGGGUGUUGGUGGGGAUGAGGCUGAUGCCCAGACCUGGUGUAUGGGGGAGGCUGACGUUAAGGACAGGUGUGGGGGGGAGGCUGACGUCCAGGCCAGGUGUGGGGAGGGGGGCGACGUCCAGGCCAGGUGUGGGGAGGGGGGCGACGUCCAGGCCAGGUGUGGGGGGGAGGCUGACGUCCAGGCCAGGUGUGGGGGGGAGGCUGACGUCCAGGCCAGGUGUGGGGGGGAGGCUGACGUCCAGGCCAGGUGUGGGGGGGAGGCUGACGUCCAGGCCAGGUGUGGGGGGGAGGCUGACGUCCAGGCCAGGUGUGGGGGGGAGGCUGACGUCCAGGCCAGGUGUGGGGGGGAGGCUGACGUCCAGGCCAGGUGUGGGGGGGAGGCUGACGUGAAGACCAGGUGUGGGGGGGAGGCUGACGUCCAGGCCAGGUGUGGGGGGGAGGCUGACGUCCAGGCCAGGUGUGGGGGGGAGGCUGACGUCCAGGCCAGGUGUGGGGGGGAGGCUGACGUGAAGACCAGGUGUGGGGGGGAGGCUGACGUGAAGACCAGGUGUGGGGGGGAGGCUGACGUGAAGACCAGGUGUGGGGGGGAGGCUGACGUCCAGGCCAGGUGUGGGGGGGAGACUGACGUCCAGGCCAGGUGUGGGGCGGAGGCUGACGUCCAGGCCAGGUGUAGGUGUGGCUCUACAGACAUAUCAGAGGCACGCUCCUGUAGAAGUUGUUCUGCUGAGCAGAACAUGUGCAUCCUGAUUACAGUAACCGUUCCCAAAGGGGCUCAACAAAAGAAGGGGGCCCCGCUUAAUGACUGUGAGAUCCCUCGGAACGAGAGUUCGGACAGUGCGCUUGGGGACAGCGAGAGCGAAGAUGCAGGGCAGGAUGUCCACAGGCAGAGUGAUAGCGACACCUACUACAAAGAUGAUCAGGAGCCAGAUGAGUGGCAGGAAGAGGUGGAGGUCCCCUUCCCUGGGUCAAAGUUGGUGGAGCAUUUCUCCAAACCGAGCAUUGCCAACUUUGGGAGGUCACUGUUCGGAGGGUACUGCACAACCUAUGUGCCGGACUUUGUUCUGCAGGGGAUGCCCAACGAUGACAAACUCAAGCAGGGCCUCAUGUCAGAAUUAGCCCACGCUGUACAGCAUCCAGUGUUGGAUGAGCCCAUUGCAGAGGCGGUUUGCAUUAUCGCAGACACUGAUAAGUGGACGGUGCAGGUAGCCAGCAGCCAGAGACGAGUCACGGACAACAACAAACUGGGGAAGGAGGUCCUGGUGUCCAGCCUUGUAUCCAGCCUGCUCCAGUCCACCCACCUGCUUUACAAGAUGAACCUCUCCCCCAACUUUUGCAUAAUGCACCUUGAGGACAGACUCCAGGAGAUCUACUUCAAGAGUAAAAUGCUGGCAGAGUACCUGAAGGGACAGACUAGAGUGCACGUCAAGGAGCUGGGGAUGGUCCUGGGUAUUGAGUCCAGUGACCUACCCCUGCUGGCCGCGGUGGCAAGCACUCACUCUCCCUACGUGGCCCAAAUACUGCUAUAAUAGAUGGAACCAAAGCCAGAUGUGGCGGGUGACUGUGGACUGGAGCAGCCGGAUACUGUGCUUCACCCUGGCCCAACAAGUCGGCUUGACCCUGUUCACCGACGCCCUGCUGAUGCUCUGAGAGGGACGGUGCAGUGCAGAGUCUCCUGGACAAGGUGUGCAUCCCAAAUUGCAUACUAUUCAGAAGUUGUACACUAUGUAUGGAAUAGGGUAUCAUUUGAGAUGCAGAAGGGCCUCAUGGAUGGAUCUGAGACCUCAGCUACUGCUGCUGCCACUGGGCAAACAGACAUACUGGGCAAACAGACAUACUGGGCAAACAGACAUACUGGGCAUACAGACAUACUGCCACAAGGGGACAGCCGAGUCCAUGGUCUCCUCUGCUAGUAAGAGAUGAAGCUCUGUUGGCCCACUCCAGGCCAGAGAGGCAUGCUGCUGCUGUGGCCAAUUCUCCUCUUUUUCAGUGUUUUUUUCCCCCUCCUCUGCAUCAACAUCAUUUUAACCCGGUUAAAGGACAAGAAGGCCAAAUAAUUAUUCUGUUGAGUAUAAAUAAUAAUCAAGAUAUCAAUUCUAAAAUAUAUAUUUUUUUAUAUCUACUACUUUCCCGUACAAUCUUUUACCUGUUUAACCAGGAAGCACAGGUGAUAGAUAGGAUGAGUUUUUUUGUUACUUAUAGUGAAUAUGAUAAAAUUCACUUUUAUUUCAAUUAUGUUUCUGUGUUCUUCAUGUAUUUGUUUACAAGUGUACUUGACCUGAAAUGUCUCCCUCAAUGAUCCAUAAUUCAUUGGAUUUCAUUUGAAAAUGAACUACACUAAUUAUAUAAACAUAGGCCUGGAAGUCGCAUCUGGGUAAUUUAUACACAUUCAUUGUAAUUCUUAACUGCAGUGUAGGUUUAACAUUCUUGAUCACAGGUACAGCACUACCUCAGAUAUUUUGUGGGCGAUCGACGCUACACGCUUUUUAUAGUUGCCGACUAGAUAAGCCUGAGAGAAUUAUUUCUAUUUUUAAAUCAGUGGAAUGUUCAAAUAAAACUGCGAACCCAAUGCUGAACUCUUUUUGAAAAAGGAAAGUUAAUAAUUACAUAUUUGAAAAUGGGGAAAACCUUUGUAAUUAUUUUUGGAAUACAACAAGAGCUCAUUUCUACUGCUGUAUGUGGAGAAAAAUAAACAAAAAAUUAUCGACAUAUAUUUUCAAACUGAAAUAUUUUCACAAGUUUAAAACAUUUGUAUCGCUUUGACACCAUCAUACCAUGUUUACGGCUGUAUUGCAUGCUACAAAGGGAGAGUUUGUGGAAUAUCUGUUAGCAAUACGUUUAUCAGUUCCUUAAACUAUACUCAAUGUUUAUGGUAAAACCAAUAAUUUAAAAAAUAAUUGCUGCAUUGAUUUUACAAAAGCAAGAUGCAAAACCACAAAUCUAAACCACAGAUUUGUUUUUAUUUUUUUAAUAAAUAUUUUUACCAACCAUGAAAUUCAUGUGUUGUAUUUCAUUUGGAAGUACUUUGUCUGGAGAGUGUGCCAUGUUAUGGUUUCUUAAUGGACAUGUGGCAUGAAUGGAUCAGGGGCUUCUGAAGAAUUUAUUUUGCUGGUUGAAAUUAUUUUUACAUGCUUAUCAUGUAAGAUGCUAGGUCCUUCAGGAUAUGUUCUUAUUGCAUUUUGUAAAGCUCCUGAUUUAUUUCUAUAAGGUAUGUCUACUUUUAUCUUUAUACAUGAAUAUGAAUAAAUGAUUUAGUAUGGUGUGUAACGGUUAAUGUAAAUAGUUUAUUUCCAUUUAUUUGUACAUAAUGUCUUUGAAUAUGAAUAGUUUCUAAAAUGAUCCUUUCCCAAUUUUAAGGGAAUGUUGUGCAAUAAAGAUGCCAAUGUUGUUGAUA